GCAGCGGCGGCAGCAGCCACAGGAAAAGACUCAUCAAUAGCUGCAGCAGCACACAAUGAAGAUGCAGCUGAAGCUGAACCGUUCACGGACAAGGAACCAAGUUCUGAAAGCGGAACACCAGAACGAUCAGACGAACCCUCGCCUCUGGUAACGGAAUGCGGCACCCCGCGCAGAGUCUACUCCGAGGCUCUGACAGGAAAGAGCGUGCGCCUUACACGGCAUUCGUCGCCGCUGAUGUUGUUCAACUCGUCGCCCACAUCCAAGCGGGAGGCACGCGACGCCACUGACUCUGGACUGACGCCGAUUGGCAGCGAUAGCGAUGAGCUGCCCAGUGGUAGCGGCAGCAGCCAGAAAACCUCGUCGCAGCUGCCACGUUCACGCAAGUCGAUUAAAGAGGUAAAAGAAGCCAAAGAAGCAGCCGCUAAGCCAGCGGAGGAGCUGCUGGUCAAGGAGGAGGAAGCCAGCGAUGCCAUUGACAUGCUCGAGCAGGAGGCGGCCAACGAGCCGAAGGAAACAAAAGACACAAAAGACAAUGCCAAUACCAAUGCAAAGCCAAGCGAUAGGGAUAGGGAUAAGGAGAAGGAGAAGGACACCAAGGACUGUAAAGAGAAAGAUAAGGAGAAGGAGAAGGAGAAAGAAACCACACCAACGCCUACAACAACUACAACAGCCCCAGCAUCAACUACGUGCAAUCGCGUUACACGCAAAGCGCACGCACAGGAGCUGGCGUUGGCCAACAACAACAAUAACAGCAACAGCAAGAACAACACACGGGUCACCCGCAAUCGUCGACAAUCAUCGACGGUUAACAAUGAGCCCGCGUUGCCGGCGCGCGGUCGUCGAAAAAAGCCCGCUCCGCCAGAGCCCAAGGAGCAACAGCAGCACCAGGUGCUCAAGCGGAAGCGCUCGGACGAUGAUGCCGAACUGGGUCUCAAGUUCGCCAAGGUCGACGUCAAGGUAGAGGAGGACGAACACGAUGCUGCAGAUGAGCCCAAGGCCACGUUGACCAUCAAGCUGGAGCCACCGGACGGUGAGGAACAUUCUGCUCAGAGCUCUCAGUCUCGCUCUGCCACGCCCACUGCGGCACCUACGCCCACAGCUACGGCCGCACCCACGCCCGCAACACAAUCGGGAAAUCGACGCGGACGUGGCAGGCCGCAGACGAAAGUCACGCCCGUCACAUCGGCAGCCAGCACGCGUGCCACGCGCAACAGCAAAGCGGGCUCCCCGGGUCUGCUGCCAGUUGGCGCAACGGCGAAUACCCCGACAUCGGCGCCCGCCGAGCCAGCGCCGCCCAAGCGACGGCGCGUGGGAUCGGCGAAUCGCAGUCUGCUGGCCACCAAGGCCGCAUCGGUUAGUUCCAGUUCGCUGGCCGCCAGCACGACGAGCGGCCCAGCUGGCGACGAGGACUCCAAGGACAGUGUGACAUCGAUCUCCAUGGACGAGCACUUGCUAGCUGUCGAAGACAUCAAGCAGGAGAAGGUAGUAAACGAUUUCGAGGAGACGCUCGAUGAGAAGAGCAUGGAGCCAGAGUCGGAAGUGGCUGCAUCCACAUCUGCUGCUGCAGCCAAUGGCAUUGAGCCGCUGACCGUGGACAUCGAGCCUGCUGCGGAGGACUCACGACAAAAGACAGGGACGGUGCCCGACGGCGAAGGCGACGCCGAAGCCGGGGCCGAGUUGAUGGAGGAUGGCAAGGCGCCGUCCUUGAGUCCUGAGCUGAUAAGCGAAGGCGUCAGCGCGAUUAGCGUUAAGCAGUUCUAUAAGAAACCCGAGUUCCUGGCCAACAAUCUGGGCAUCGAGAAGGAUCCCGAGCUGGGCGAGAUUGUUCAAAUUGCAAGCGAGACAGAGACGCCGACAACAACAACAGUUGUAGCUGUGGCCUCCACGGCUGACGAGGAGCCGGUCCCGGCGGAAGGAUCUCCGCUUGAACUAGAACCGGAAUCGGAGCUGGAGGAUAAACUGAAUGAGUCCAGCACAACGACCAUGGAUGAGCUGCGCGUUGACGAGAGCGAUGACACGGAUCUGGAGACGCAGAAGGCGUCAACGAUAGCCAAGCCGGAAGCCGCUGUAGAAACUGCAACUAAAGCUAAGAGCUUGCCGAGCGAGCUGAAUGGCGAGGCCAAAGAGGAUGAACUGGCGGCGAAAGCUGACAACGAUGUAGAUGACUAUGAAAGCGACAUUAUGGAGCAGCUGGCCAAGGAGGGCGUCGUCGAUGCCAGCGGAAAUGCGCUAAGCGCCAGCCAGCACAAUCAAGAGCAGGACAAGGAGGACCUGAUGACGUCCAUUGAGGAAUGUGAUACUGGACCGGAGGCGGAGUUAGAGUCUGACUUGGAGUCGCUGUCAGAGGCGUCCAAGAAAAAAUUGAGCAGGGAAAUGCUGGCUGCAUUGCACAUUAAGCCCCUCACCGAGGAGCAGGAAGCGGAAGUGAAUGCUGUAGCGGAUGACGACACCGAUAUGCCAUGCCUAUCCGCCGAAGACUGCAGCGAGUAUCCCGAGGAGAACAAGGAGAACGUAUCCACGGCAACAUCAGAUGCGAUUGCUGUUGCCGCGCCAGUCAGUCCCGAGUCCGUGAUGGACAUGGAGCUGGCCCUGAAAGCGGAGACGGGCAACAAGGUGGAGCAGGAGCAGCUAUCCGAGCUGGAUGAGGAGAAGCCGUUGACCGCCGUCGCCGCUGAACAGAAGCAACAGUUGUCCAAAGCGGAAUCCAACGGCAAGCUGAAGCUGUCGCUGGACGGCGACGAGGAGCUGCGCCGCGAAAAGGAGCGGCACCUCCAGCACCUUGGCCUGCUCACGCACCAGGCCGCCGAACAGGUGCGCCAGGAAUUCAUACACACUCACACGCGUGCCGUGCAUCCCCACCAGCAUCAGCAUCAGCAGAGCGGCAAGCGAUCGGCGGGCAAGGGAGGCAGUGCAUCGCACAUCGAGUCGAGCGGCACGCUGAAGACCGUCAUCAAGCUGAACCGCAGCAGCAAUGGCGGUGCAGGCGGCGCCGCUGGUGUGCCAACUGGCACUGUGGUGCACGGCGCCGCCAUCUGUCCGGUUGGAGGCACUGCCACGAGCGGCACAGCGGCUUCAGGCAGCAGCGGAAGCGGCAGCGGCAGCGGCAACAUGGGCAGCGCCACACGCAAAAGCGGCAUCGCCGGCAAUGUGAGCAGCUCGGCGCACGGCGUCCGUCGCCAGUCGCUCAAGAUGACAUUCCAAAAGGGACGCGCACGCGGCCAUGGCGCCACCGAUCGUGCGGCCGAUCAGCACGGAGCCCACGCCGAGGACUCCUACUACACCAUACAGAAUGAGAACGAAGGUGCGGGCAAUCGAAACAAUUUGAAUAAUGCGGGUAACGCGGGACGCAAGACAACUAACCGAUUUAACAACCAUAAUAACAAUCAGCAGCCGCAGCCGCAGCAGCAACAGCAGCAGCAUCAGCAGCAAAAGCAACAACAACAAACAGCAAAACAACAACACCAACAGCACAACAAUGCGUCCUCCAAGAAUUCCCUGGAUUCAUCGCACUCGGAGGGUCAGGGCGGCCAGCUGGAGCACGGCUUCUAUCAGAUGGUGAAGAAAGAUGAGAAGGAGAAGAUUCUGAUACCGGAGAAGGCGUCCUCAUUCAAGUUCCAUCCCGGUCGCCUGUGCGAGGAUCAGUGCUACUAUUGCAGCGGCAAAUUCGGACUGUACGACACGCCCUGCCACGUGGGCCAGAUCAAGUCUGUGGAGCGUCAGCAGAAGAUACUCGCAAAUGAGGAGAAGCUGACUGUGGACAAUUGCCUGUGCGACGCCUGUUUCCGGCAUGUGGACCGGCGUGCCAAUGCGCCCUCUUACAAGAAGCGCCUCUCCGCGCCUGGCCACCUGGAGACGGGUGCCGCGACUGGCGGCGGCAACGGCAACGGCAACAGCAUGGAUAAACAUUUUGCGGGCGAAGCGACCGAUGCGGAAUUUGCCUCGACUUCGUCCGGCGCCGGCGCCGUCUCCGGCUCUGGAACGGCGGCACAACGUGCAUGCGCCGUCAAGGACUGUGCUGAUGCGGCCAGCCAUUCGCUGCGGCGCAAAUGCGUGCGCAAGAGCCUUAAGAAGUGCCUUCUCAACUUCGAGAUACCGCCGGGCACCUCGAGCGUCUGGCUCUGUGAGCCGCACUACAACACGGUCAUCCAGUCCUCGGGCUGUGUGCUGUGCAAGCGCCGCCUGGGCAAGAAUCACAUGUACCAUAUUACCUCGCAGGACACAGAUCGCUUGGAGAAGGCGCUCAGCGAGAUGGGUAUACCCGUGCAGCUGGGCGUCGGCACCGCCGUCUGCAAGCUGUGCCGGUACUUUGCCAAUCUGCUGAUGAAACCGCCGGACAGUACCAAAUCCCAGAAGGCGGAGUUUGUCAAGAACUAUCGCAAGAGGCUGCUCAAGGUCCACAAUCUGCAGGAGGGCAGCAACGAGGCCUCCGAGGUGGAUGAGGAGGAUGCCCCGACUGCAACGGGCGCUGGCACGGCUCCAACUGCUGCAUGUGAUGAUGCCUCCAGCGAGCUGCCCAUGGUGGUAGACUAUGACGGGCCCACCGAUUCCAACUCGAGCAGUUCCUCAACCACGCCCAUCGGGCAUGCGAGCAACGCCAGCAAGCAAAUGUCGAAGCUGCAGGCCAUACUCCAGCAGAAUCUAACUGCGGAUGCCGCAUCCUCUAAUUCCAAUUCGAAUUCCAAUGCGAAUGCGAAUACCAAUGCCAAUGCGAGUGCGGGUGCGGGUGCGAAGAGCAAGGCAGGCGCCGACAUUUCGAAUGUGCUGCGGGGCAAUCCGAACAUCUCGAUGCGCGAACUGUUUCACGGCGAGGAGGAUCUGGGCGUGCAGUUCAAGGUGCCGUUUGGCUGCAGCAGCAGCCAUCGCACGCCCGAGGGCUGGACGCGCGUUCAAACCUUCCUGCAGUACGAUGAGCCGACGCGCCGCCUCUGGGAGGAGCUGCAGAAGCCAUACGGCAAUCAGAGCUCCUUCCUGCGCCAUCUCAUACUCUUGGAGAAGUAUUAUCGCAAUGGAGAUUUGGUGCUGGCCGCGCACGCCUCCUCCAAUGCCAGCGUCUACACGCAAACGGUGCGUCAACGCCUCAAUUCCUACGAUCACGGCCAUUGCGGUGGCCUGCAAAGCAAUGCCAAGGCACAAAAUGCCAGCGGCAGUGCAGUGCCCGCCGAUGCCGUCGUCAACGUGGCUGGCUCCUCCUCGUCGUCGUCGACAUCCUCCUCACCGAAUGCCGCCAACCCGUCAGCCAAUCAUGCCAGCGGUUCCAGCUCGCCCAAUGCCAGCAGCGGCAGCGUCUUGGCCAGCGCCCUGACCGCACCUCAGGCCACUGGCAACAACAGUCACAGCGGCUUGGAUCAGUCAUCCUCUGGCCCACCGGAGCCCGUCAUUCCAUUGGUGGAGCUGAACGAUGACGAUGACGAGGACGAGGACAUGGACAAGGAGGAUGAGUGCGAAAUGCUCCCGCUCGAUAACCUGCGCAACGUCUCCGUGGACAAGCUCACCAAGCAGCUCAGCUCCAAUGCGGUGACAAUCAUAGCGCGGCCCAAAGACAGCGCCAAGAGCUCGAGUGGCAGUGUCUCUGCGGCAGCGGCGACGCCAAUUGUUACCGUCGGCGAUGACUCGCCGGGCAAAACAGUGCACUCGAAGGAUGCUCCGCCGCUGGUGCCCACCAGUGCGUCCAACAGUCGCAGCAUACUGAAGACCAAUCUGCUGGGCAUGAACAAGGCGGUGGAGAUUGUGCCGCUUGUCAGUCAACAGCAACAACAGCAGCAACAGCAACAACAACAGCAGCAACAACAACAGCAACAACAACAACAACAGCAGCAGCAGCAGCAGCCCAAUCACAAGCUGCCCGCUGCAUCCGGCGAGAAGCACAUGGCCAACAAGCAGUUCGGCAGCCAGAGCCACAGCGACCUGCAUCCACAUCCGCAGCCACAGCAGCAGCAGGUCAAGUCGAAGCCACUGUUGGUCAGUGCCACGCCCACAGCUGGACAACCACAAAUAAACCCGAAUGUGGCGCUGCUGCUUAGCUCGCCGCCCGAAUUGAUUAGUUUGCAGCGACGACGCACGAGUGGCGCCGCCACUGCCACGGCGGCGCUGCCAGCGCUGGCCGGUAAGCGGCUGCAGCUGCCGCGUACGGGAUCCUCCGGCACAGGCGUUGGUGGGCCGGGGCCCAGUGUGAUAAUGCUGCCGGACACGCUGACGCCGCAGGAGCGGCAGGAGAGCAAGAGCUGGAAGCCGACGCUGAUACCGCUCAAGGAGCAGCACAAAGUGCCCAGCAAAUCGCCGACGCUUUUCCAAACGGCCGACGGACGGCGUCUGCCCGCCCAGGUGCAGGUGCAGUCCGGCGGCAAGCCAUACCUAAUCUCCAUCAUUGACUACAAUCGGAUGUGCAUACUGCGGCGCGAGAAGCUGCUGCGCGACCAGGUGCUCAAGGCGAACGCCAAGCCGAAGGCGAGCCAACAGCAGCAGCAGCAGCACUCACAGCAACAACAGCAACAACAGCACCAGCAGCAGCACCACCAGGCGUUGCAGCAAUCGCAGAGCUUUGCUGGCAUGAACAAAAUGACUGCACAGCAGACGGCUCGCCAGCAGCUGCAACAGUUGCAGCAACAGCAGCAGCAACACAAGUAUCAGCAGCUGCCCACGUUGCAGCAGGGAGGAGUCGGCACUGGCAGUUCCCUGCGGCUGGCAAGGCUCGCGCCCAAGCCGAUGCCGCCGCUGAGCAAUCCACAGAAUUCCACUGGAGCUGGAGGAGCUGCUGGUGGCAAUGCCACUGGAUCGAAUUCCUCGAACUUUCAGCCGCUGCUGAGCAAUGCGCUGGCAGCGGCAACGGCGGCUGCCAGCAACAGCAGCGGCGCCGCCGGCUUGGACAGCAACAGCUCCUGGCUGUGGAAGAACUUUCCGGAUGCCAAUCAGUAUCUAUUGAACGGCGCCGCAGCCGCUGCAGCUGCGGCCAGCAAGCUGUCGCAUACGACUGGGAAGCCGACGACGUCAACGAGCAGCAGCGGCGGCGGCUUAGGCACUGGAAUCACAUUCACCCUGAAGCAGCAGCAGCAACAGCAGCAGCAGCAGAAGCUCAUCGACAACGUCAUCAUGUCCAAGAUACCCAAAACAUUGACGGUGAUUCCGCAGCACAUGGCCGGCGGCGGCGGCGGCGGUGGCGGUGGCAAAUCAGCGGGAGAUGCCGGCGGGCACAAGGACUGAUGAUUGGGCUGAGCGCCUGCCGUGAGAGAUGGAACUCAAAAUCCUGCCAGUGAAGGAAAGCAAAUCGAACAGAAACUAAUUUGCAUAGGAGAAGCAAAAGCAUAUGCAUUUUAAAAGAUAUAUUACUAGGAUAAGUUGAGCGAAAGAAACUGAGGUUAGAUCACAGAUCAGAGAUCAGAGUCAGGGUGUUUUUCAUUAGGCUUAAGACUAAGCAUGUAUUCCAUAAGAAUCAACCACAAAGGAAGCAGGAGAGAUGAAUGAAAGGAAAGAGAAUAUACAAAACUUAAAGAUAGACUAGGCUUACGUAUAGCAUAUACCACACACAUAUAUAUCUCUAUAUAUAUAUAUAUAUAUAUAUAUAUAUAUUUACAUAUAUACAGCUAGAGUUGAAAACUAUACAAAUGGAUGCGAAAGAGAAGGAAAGAGGUGAAGAAUUUAACGACAAACAACAUGAUGAAGCAAAAGAAAUAUGCUGUUACAAUAUUUAUAUAUAUAUAUAUGUAUACGAUACAUACAUACAUAUGUAUAUAUAUAUAUAUACUUGGUAGGAUUUAGUAUUAUGUUAUACGGUGUGUGUUUUAAUGAAUUAACCAUGUGUUUGUUUUUUUUUUUAAGUCAACCUUCAAAGUUAACAUCGUUACACGAUAGA